AUGGCUGGCGAGCUGCCGUCCCUGGCUAAAAAGCCUGCUACCAGCGGAUGUGAGCAAUGCAAGGAUUUCCACCUGGCUCCCGAGAUCGAAGGGGAAACUCCCAUGGGAUCAGAGCAGAUGGAAAUGCGCAAAAGGCAGACCUCUGCAUCCCAGGAAAUAUCAGGCGCCAUCCUGGCCCAGCCUGGGGUAGAGACUCGAGGCUCCCAUCCCUGUUGCUUCUGCUGGUGCUGCUGUUGCAGUUGCUCCUGUCUUACCGUUAGGAAUCAAGACGAGAGGACAAGGGCAGCAGCACAUGAAAUCAGAUUAGAAAUGAUUCCAUACUGUGAAGAAAGCUCAUCACCUACUCUUGAAGAAGCGAGUGCUUGGGGUCAAUCUUUUGACCAAUUGAUGAGAACACCUGCUGGUCGAAAUGCUUUCAGAGAAUUCCUUCGGACAGAAUUCAGUGAAGAAAACAUGCUUUUCUGGUUGGCCUGUGAGGACUUAAAACAGGAAUCCAACAAGACCAAAAUUGAAGAAAAAGUCAGGCGAAUCUAUGAAGAUUAUGUUUCUAUCCUUUCUCCAAGAGAGGUCAGUCUGGACUCCAGAGUAAGAGGAAUUAUUAACCGGAACAUAUUGGAACCAUCAGUACAUACUUUUGAUGAUGCACAACUCCAGGUUUAUAUGUUGAUGUUCAGAGAUUCCUACCCUCGGUUUAUGAACUCUGCUAUGUACAAGGAUUUAGUUGAGUCUCUUUCUCAAAAAUCUGCUGAAUCAUAGAAUUUAAACAUAUUUAUUUUGCAUCUACCUACCUACCUACCUACCUAUACAAAUAAAACUUUGGCCUACUAUCCAUUAAUAUCGAAUUUAGAAUCAACAAGCUGAUUACAUAAAAGUAAUUCAGUAAGAUGUAUAUCUUAAUACGAUGGCAAAAGUGUUCCAAAGUUUAAGAAUUCCAAAACUUCACAUUAUUUCCAGGAUUGUAAGUAGUUUCUGCCUGAAUGAUAUGUGAUGAUGAAAAAUAUAUAGAAAAAAAAAUUAACAGCAGGAACAUACACUAAAAUUCUGAAAUGUGUACACAGAAAGAGCUUUAAAAGAACAAUUCUAUGAUAUAUUUGGAGUGCUUGACUAUCCAAGUGUCCUAUCAGUGACCGGCAGGCAGUGCAGAGGAGAGCACUCUUUCUAGUGUUCUUCUUACUUUAAAAAUGAAUUAUUAAGCCUGAUCCAAGUUUUCCCCUGCAUCAGGGGUCUGGCAAAGGAUAAGGGAACUAUUGGAUCAAACAGAUCUCAGUUCUUUCCAUUCUGCUCAUUGUACAACCCAUACUACGUCUCUGAUAAGAUCUCUCAAAUACCAAAGCGACUCAUAUCAGAAUUGUUGGAAAGCUGUGGGGAAGAGUCUGAUAUUGAAAUUUAUCCUCCAGAGCCUUACCACUAAUCUUGGACAACAAAAUCCAAGAAAUCUUAUGGCCCUUGAGGUUCUGUCUACAGACACCUAUUUUAGCCUAAAACUACUUAAAACAUAUUUGGAAUAAAAUGUUACAUUUGAAGGUUAAUUCAUAUAACAAUAAUAUUUAUUUACUGAAAGCAUACCAGAAUUGAACUGUUUGACCAAGCUUAAGAGGGUUUUGAGGGUUUCUUAAUGCUAUCCUGUCUUUGAAAGGAGUGAUUACUCUGCACUCUACAAAGCAAAUACUUGCUUUGAUAUUGAAAUAUCCACAUGGUAAUUUCUUCAUGCUCAUAUGACAACUGGCUUUGAGUUCUUGAAACAAUUAUAGAUCUGAUUUCCCUCAUUUUUCUCUCUACCAACAUAAAGUUCAGCCUAAGCAUGAUUCUUAGAAUCCAGCGUAAUCCAAGGAAAUUCAAGGAAUUCUUCUGAUUCAAGGAAAAUCAGAGUUUCACUUACAGACUUUGGAAAUUUAUUGACAAUUCUUUUGGGCAUGAGUGUUUCUUCAUGAGUAGCAUGACAGCAUUUCAAAAUCAACAGCAAAGCAAAGCAAUUUUACACAUGAACAAUGAAGGGCACCAAAGAGAACUGUCACCUAUAAAGUGUUAUCUUAUUACCAAAUCCAUGGAAUUAAUUUUUGUUAAAGUUUCUAGAAAAAUUAAAAAGAACAGGAGCUUGGUAUUCACUGCUCUAAAUUAAGCAUCCAAUAUGCAUUUCAGCUACUUUCAUUAUGUAAAUGGCAAUCAUCUUUGUUUUGUAUAUUCAUAAAGGGAAACCAGUUUAAUCUAGCAGUAUCAAUUUGUUAACUACUGAACCUAUUAAAAUCUUGCUUUCAUCCUGAUUUUGGGGAACUCUUAAUAGUUUUCUACUGUUUAACCCAGCAAAUAGCCUGGGAUUUUCAAAGUAUACAUACAUUAUGAAAACUAAUAGCACUGAACAUCUUUCAUAAAGAAUGACUUUACAUUUCUUUCUUUCUUUCAUGAUUAUUUCCCGCUAUUAAAAACAUUCACUUUGUAAAAAAGAAGAGGUCAUAGAAUUGGUAUCAACCUUGUCCCAAAUCUCUUACCCUAAUCCCAGGUUGGAAGCUUGUGAUUGCUUUGGGUGGAAAUGUAUAUUACUCUCACCAGUAAUAUUAGAAUUCAUCUCUAGCUUUAAGUAUUGGCUCAUGAGAUUGCAUCACAUGCUGCUGACCAUGGAAUCAGAAUCGGAAGGGACCUCAGAGGCCACCCAAGUCCAACUCCAUACUCAGUACAGGAUCCAUUAGUGCAACCUCAGCAGAUGACAAUGUAUCCUGUUUGAAGACCCCUAAUGAAGGACAACUCACUACUUCAUGUGAUAGCCUGUUAUUGAAUGACAGUCAGGAAGUUCCUCAUAUCUAGCUGAACCUUCUACCUUAUGUGCACUUCAUGGUUAAUCACUGUAUGCCAGUAUAUCACUACACAUGUAUCUUCACAUACACAAAGUAUGAACUACUGGUUUUAGCUAUAAAAGAAAGUGGAGCUAAAGUUGGUGGCAACAAAAGGAUUAUGUAAAUGUCAGAGUAAAACAAUAUUCAUGAUUAUAUUUUUAUUAAACCUAUAAAGGAAGUUUUUAAAAAAUGCUUUAAAAAUUAAUUACCUCUAAGUCAAAGAUAUAUAAUGGUGGAAAAAAUGUGCAGAGGGAGAGGUUGCUCAGAAUCUCCCUCAUCCUAUUUAUAUCAAUAGAAAAAUACAUGCAAAUUUUGCUCAAUGGCUGGUGUUUGUGUGGGUAUGUGUGUAUGGAAUAUCCUCUAGCAAAUAGCAAUAAAUUAAAGAUGAAUUCCCUCCCUUUUCAGAAACAGAUUUAAUUAUGGAUUUCCUGUGGAUGUUUUUUUAUACCCACAUGAAGUAAAAAAAAAAAAAGAUAUAUUAAAAAC